AUGGAGCGAGCAUGCAUGCUGACGCCCAUUCAAGUUGUGCCGUCGAAGGAUUCCCGCACAGAGCUUCUGGCGUGGCUGAAUGAUCUGCUCCCGCACACAACUCCCGGUGGCCACACAAUUCCACCCAUUCGUAAAGUGGAACUCUGCGGCAACGGUGUGCCGUACGUACUUAUUCUGCCCUCGUUACUCCCGGUGCCGUACCCUCCGCUGAUGAGCAAGGCGAAGAUUCCCGCUAAGCACGAAUUCGAGUCCGUGACAAACCUGAAGCUAUUCUCGGAUGCGCUGCAGAGAAACGGCAUCCCAAGACCGGAUGUGCUGAAUGACGAAAUAGAUAAGCUCAUUAAAGGCGCCUACCAGGCGAACCUGCAACUCCUGCAGUGGUUCCGCGGUCUGUAUGAGGCGCUUUUAAUACGAGCAGGGGAACA